AAACUCAAGGCGGAUUCGAACAGUCCCAAAUUGUGGGACUCGGUUCUUCCACGCGACGUCCACGAAGAAGAAAACGAGGCACCUCUGGCCAAUUGUCGGCAGGACCAACGAUCGAGGAAAUGUGCAAGAAAUUGCUGCCCUGAGUGGGAGCCAGUUUCGACGUCUGUAGGCUCGGGCUCGCUGGAAAAGGUCGGCCCCAUCACUCGUCAAGGAGGAAAGAAUCAGACUGAAGGUAUUGUCGAAAUUGAUUGGCUGAUUGGAGCGCUUCUUAUCGAGUGUACGUCUUCGUCUAACGCCACCAUGGCUUUGGGUCAAGCUGGAUGGGCCGCUGUGGCAUUUACAGGGCCUGGAUUAUUGGCUUUCAUAUUUGCUGUUGUGGCAGAAAACAAGAAGCCAACAGAUGAUAUGGCGGAGAUGAAUUACGUCAAUGGUGUAACCACUUGCAAUUAUCCUUCUGAUCCAACGGUUGCUCUUGGGAGUUUGGCUGUCGUCUUUCUGUUCAUAUCAGCGAUUUUGGCAACAGUAUCUUUUUACUUUCCGUACAAUAAGAAGGCAGUUUCUAAAUCCAUUCUUUGGCGGAGUACGAGCCUCGUGGUCUUCACUCUUUUAUCUUUCAUGAUAUUCAUGGUCGCUGAAGGACUGUUGUUAUGGGCUAUCCUUGUUGAAAACGACCACCGAAAAAACAACGUCCAUGUUGGUGAAAUCAAGGCUUGUCCAACUGCCAAAGCCGGUCUAUUUGGUGGAGCUGGCUUCUUAGCAUUGGAUGCGACUUUGUUCUUUCUCAUCGCCUUAAUGCUGACAAUGAACUCUAGAAGCGACUAUCUGGACGGCGACGCCGAUGAUAGAGGCACAUACGGCGAAGUAACGACAGAUUAUCCACCAGCUGUUGUUACACAUCAGAGCGACAGGGUUUAAAUGCACCACGAGCUGCAGAAUAAGUUUCCAAGCUAACUUCGAUUGUAGUCGAGUCGCAUCCCAAGCAUGUUGUAACCAUGUUCCUUUAGCGGACAAGCUUCAAAAGAAGAUACAUUUACAAGUAAGAAAAAUUGAAGAUUUUCUUCACCAAUAAAGAGAAAUGAGAAAUUUACUAC